CUCAUCACAGAAUCGCACAAAAAAAACCCUUCUCAAAAAAAGUCUAUUACUUUAGUUCAGAUCGAUUUCAAUCCAAAGCGGCAAAGGUUAUAGGUUUCAGAGAAGUAUCAAAAUUAAGAAUCUGGAGAAGCUUUGUAAUCCGCCAGUACAGAAAGCCUCCCCCCGUUAAUGCUUCAAGUUUGUUAGGACUUAGGAGAAGAAUGACAACAACACCUACUGGCUCUAAUUCUAAUCACAACAGCAACAACAACCCUAGUACGACGAGGUCUUCUUGGGGCACAGGAGCUCAAUCCGUGUCGACUAGCGGCAGUGUGGGCUCCCCUUCUACCACCACCACCACCACCACCCUGGCUACUACUACUACUACUACCGACAGUGCCUUUCUACAGCUCAACAAUUUGGACAUCCAGGGUGACGAUGCUGCUUCUCAGUUACCUUCUUCUUCUUCUUGUGGUAAGAAGAAGAAGAAGAGGGGACAGCGUGCGUCUGGUCCUGAUAAAACUGGAAGAGGCCUACGUCAGUUUAGCUUGAAAGUUUGUGAAAAGGUGGAAAGCAAAGUAAGGACAACUUACAACGAGGUUGCGGACGAGCUUGUUGCUGAGUUUUCACUCCCCAAUAACGAUGGAACACCUCCGGACCAGCAACAGUAUGAUGAGAAGAACAUAAGAAGAAGGGUGUACGAUGCUUUAAACGUGCUCAUGGCUAUGGAUAUAAUAUCCAAGGAUAAAAAAGAGAUUCAAUGGAGAGGUCUUCCUCGGACAAGCUUAAGCGACAUUGAAGAAUUAAAGGCUGAAAGACUCUCACUUAGGAACAGAAUUGAAAAGAAAACUGCAUAUUCCCAAGAACUGGAAGAACAAUAUGUAGGCCUUCAGAAUCUGAUACGGAGAAACGAACACUUGUAUAGCUCUGGAAAUGCUCCUACUGGCGGUGUUGCUCUUCCCUUUAUCCUCGUCCAGACACGUCCCCAUGCGACCGUGGAAGUGGAAAUAUCAGAAGAUAUGCAGCUCGUCCAUUUCGAUUUCAACAGCACUCCAUUCGAGCUCCACGACGACAAUUUUGUCCUCAAGACAAUGAAAUUCUGCGAUCAGCCACCACCAUUGAACAACGGUCAAAGUAACAGCCACCAGAGAGCUUCUCACAGUCCCGUGCCUGAAAACAAUAACGAAGGCCCUAGCACCUAUCCAACGCCCCAUAUGCACCAGUCUCAUCCUCAACCACCACAACAUCAGCUGCCUGUGACUAACAACGCUUCUGCCCCGGGGACCAUAAAGUCAAGUGUGAAGCCGGAGAACUGAAGGAAGUAACCUGUAUCAUUGUUAUAAAUUAUCUGUAAAGUAGAACGAAGUGCUUAGCGGUAGAUUCACAAUUAUGGACCUUUUUAGAGUUUGAAUAUGUAGGCUGAAUCUUGACUGUGUUUCUAUCUCAUAUUUGUUAACAAAAGGAUGUUUUAAGUUGCAAGAAGCUAAAGCAAAAAAAAGUCUAUGAGA